GGAGAAGAAGGUAUGGCUUCGUGGGAAAUUGUGGCGGAAGUUUCUCGAAUGAAGUAAACCAGACUUUGAGAACAUUCGUCUUCUGCGCCUGAAGACGGGAUCCGGAGUCGACAGACUGGCAGAGACUUGCGGUUGCGUGGGGACGAAGCUACGUGCGACGCUGGAGAACAGGAAUGGUGGGCGACGGCAUUUGUGGCCCCUGCAAACUGACCGACCUUCGGGAAGCUUAUAAGGAUCGAAUUCCUCGAAGGGCGCUUCAUUUUCAUCUCUUCCAUUCUUUCUUUCUUUCUUCCUCUUCGACUCGACGGAGGUUAUUGUAUCGGAGCUCGUUGUCUGGACAGGUGUGCUGAUCGAUUGAUUGCUGGUCUAGAAACUUUGUAGAAUUAGGGAAGCAGAGCUUUGGACAAAGCAUAGCAGGUCUGAAGAUUUUGCUGAAUUGACCGGAAUCUUAAAGUUCAGUAGGAGUUGGUCGGUUGAGGCUCGAAGAUUAUCUAAGAUGUCAGGAGGUACCGAAGCUUUUCCAACCUUAGGAUCCCAUUGUGCCGAAGAGUACUGUCACCAAUUGGACUUUCUGCCUUUCACGUGCGAUAGUUGCUCGAAGGUAUAUUGUCUGGAGCAUAGAUCUUACAAAGCACACGAGUGUUCCAAAGUGAAUUUGAAAGAUAACGUCGUCAUCGUCUGCCCGACGUGCACACGCACAGUGAAGAAGGUUGCUGGUGAGAGCGAGGCAGUGACAUUGAAGAAGCAUAAUUUUGAUGGUUCGUGCUCAUCCGCAGGCCGCCCGGCUCCUAAAGCAAGAUGUCCCGUGCCUCGCUGUCGUGAGGAGCUCUUAGUACUUAACACUUACAGCUGUAAGAGCUGCGGGAGCACUGUAUGCUUAAAACAUCGGUACCCUACCGAUCACGCUUGCACAACAAUGAAGAACGGAAAGUUUCUGGGUGCCCUUGCGAAGAGAAACACAUCGGAGUGCGGAAGUAGUGCUAAUUCUCCUGUGAACAUUUCGAAAGGAUUCAAAACUUUGAAGGACAUGAUUACCCGUCGUUUCGACAAUUUGAGCCUUCAAGUCCAUUAAUAUAUCGUGACUUGGAAAUCAUUGAAAGAUUCAUAUAGACAUUUGUUAGCUUUUAGUUAAUAAUAUACCUUCGGGUCGACUUGUGUACAAAAGAAUUGAAUUAUGAUGUAUUAUUUGAGAACAAGAAGAUUGUGCAAGCGACAAAGUUUUA